GGCACUGCAUAUUAAGCAGGGGUGGAAGACUGAAGCCCAUCUGGGGGCAGAAUGAGUUUAAAAGAUGCCGACAGUGCAGUUUGCCAGGCAAAGGCAGCCUAUAAGCUUCAUAUUUACCCCCAGCUCUCAACAGAAAGUGCUCCCUGCUGCAAAGUGACAGCAACCAAGGACAGCACAUCAUCAGAUGUCAUCAAGGAUGUGAUUAAUAUCUUAAACCUGGAUGUCUCAAAACAUUAUGUUCUCGUGGAGGUGAAAGAAGCAGGUGGUGAAGAAUGGGUACUUGAUAUAAACGAUUCUCCUGUUCAUAGGGUUUUACUUUGGCCUCGUCGUGCUCAGGAUGAGCAUCCUCAAAAGGAUGGGUACUACUUUCUUUUGCAAGAAAGGAACACUGAUGGGACUAUCAAAUAUGUGCAGAUGCAACUGCUAUCCAAGGAGACGGAUGCUCGGCGCUUGGUGGAGCGGGGUUUUCUACCCUGGCAUCAGGAGGACUUCGAUGACUUGUGCAAUCUACCCAACCUAACAGAGACAACACUCCUAGAAAAUCUCAAAUGCCGCUUUCUAAAACACAAAAUUUAUACUUACGCAGGAAGUAUUCUGAUUGCAAUUAACCCCUUCAAAUUCCUGCCCAUUUAUAAUCCUAAAUAUGUCAAGAUGUAUGAAAAUCAUCAGCUUGGGAAGUUGGAGCCUCAUAUUUUUGCCAUUGCUGAUGUGGCUUAUCACACAAUGCUUAAAAAACACGUCAAUCAGUGCAUAGUUAUAUCAGGUGAAAGUGGGUCUGGAAAAACUCAAAGCACAAACUUCUUAAUUCACUGCCUCACUGCACUGAGUCAAAAAGGGUACGCAAGUGGUGUGGAGAGAACAAUUCUUGGAGCUGGACCAGUUCUGGAGGCAUUUGGAAAUGCAAAAACAGCACACAACAAUAACUCCAGUCGUUUUGGAAAAUUUAUUCAAGUCAACUAUUUAGAGAAUGGUAUUGUCCGAGGGGCUGUUGUUGAAAAAUAUCUUCUUGAAAAAUCUCGCCUGGUUUCUCAAGAAAAAGACGAAAGUUUCUACCUCAACCAGCAUAACUUGAAAAUUGAAGAUGGGGAGGAUCUCCGGCAUGACUUUGAAAGAUUAAAACAAGCCAUGGAGAUGGUUGGCUUUCUUUCAGCAACAAAGAAACAGAUAUUUUCUGUGCUUUCGGCUAUUCUUUAUUUGGGCAACGUUACUUACAAGAAGAAAGCUACAGGUCGUGAUGAAGGGUUGGACGUAGGACCCCCUGAAGUGUUGGACAUUCUUUCCCAGCUUUUAAAAGUCAAACGAGAAAUUUUAGUGGAAGUGCUGACAAAAAGAAAAACCGUGACAGCUAAUGAUAAGCUUAUUUUGCCAUAUAGUCUCAAUGAGGCAAUAACAGCUCGUGAUUCAAUGGCAAAGUCCCUGUACAGUGCUCUGUUUGACUGGAUUGUUCUGCGAAUUAAUCAUGCGCUCCUUAAUAAGAAGGACAUGGAGGAAUCUGUUACAUGUUUAUCCAUUGGCGUGCUUGAUAUCUUUGGAUUCGAAGACUUCGAAACCAACAGUUUUGAACAGUUUUGCAUAAACUAUGCAAAUGAGCAGCUUCAGUAUUAUUUCAAUCAGCACAUUUUCAAAUUGGAGCAGGAGGAAUAUAAGAGUGAAGGGAUCAGCUGGCACAAUAUUGACUACACUGAUAACGUGGCCUGCAUUCACUUAAUCAGCAAGAAGCCCACUGGCCUCUUCUAUCUUCUGGAUGAAGAAAGCAAUUUUCCACAUGCCACCAACCAAACCCUACUUGCAAAAUUCAAGCAGCAGCAUGAGGAGAACAAGUUCUUUGUUGGAACCCCAGUGAUGGAGCCUGCUUUUAUCAUCCGCCACUUCGCUGGGAAAGUCAAAUACCAGAUAAAAGAUUUCAGAGAGAAGAACAUGGAUUACAUGAGACCGGACAUCGUUGCUUUACUGCGGAGCAGCGACAGCGCUUACGUGCGGGAGCUGAUAGGGAUGGACCCGGUGGCCGUUUUCCGCUGGGCCGUUCUCCGGGCCGCGAUCCGGGCCAUGGCCGUCUUCGCGGAAGCUGGGCGCCAGAGAGCCCAGAGAACCGCAGGAGUGGUGCGCCAAGGACCUCGAGUUCCCCUUGGAGAGCUCCAGAGAGCAAAUACACCAGUAGAAAAAGUUUACCGAGACAUGCAUGAACAAAUCAUCGCGAGUAUUAAAGGACUUCCAUGGCAGGGUGAUGACCCAUGUAAGCUGCUUCGGUCACUCAGUCGACUUCAACACCGCUCCCACUUCAUGAAAAGUAGAGGUAUCAAACAAAAGCAGAUCACUCCUAAGAACUUGCUGGACUGCAAGUCUCUAAAGCUCAUAGUGAGCAUGACUCUGCAUGAUCGAACCACCAAAUCCCUCCUGCAUUUGCACAAAAAGAAGAAACCCCCUAGCAUAAGUGCGCAGUUCCAGACUUCGCUUAAUAAAUUAUUGGAGACACUGGGGAAAGCUGAGCCAUUUUUCAUCCGUUGCAUCCGCUCCAAUGCUGAGAAGAAAGAGAUGCUUUUUGAUGAAAGUUUGGUGCUUCAGCAGUUAAGAUAUACAGGCAUGCUUGAAACUGUGAGAAUCAGAAGAUCUGGCUACAGCGCCAAAUAUACAUUCCAGGAAUUCAUAGACCAGUUUCAGGUGCUACUGCCCAAAAAUGCCAAAGCAUCUAGGGAAGACAUUUUUGCUUAUUUGAGUAAACUAAAAUUGGACAAAAACUACUAUCAAAUAGGGAAGACCAAGGUUUUCAUGAAAGAGGCUGAGCGGCAGAAAUUGCAGGAUACACUACACAAAGAAGUCAUCAGGAAAAUCAUUCUCCUUCAGAGCUGGCUCAGGAUGGUUUUGGAAAGGAGACGUUUUCUCAGAAUACGGCAAGCAGCCGUUGUUUUGCAGGCUUGGUGGCGUUCCUGUUCUGUCAGGAGGAGACUAGAGAAGAAUAAUGCAGCCACUUACAUUCAGUCAGCAUGGCGAGGAUACAGGGAGCGAAAAUACUACCUUCAGCAGAAGAACAGGAUUUGUCUUGUGCAAGCCAUGGUUAGAGGACACCUCCAGCGCAAGAGGUUUCAGAAAAUGGUUAUGGAAAAGCAGAAAGCUGAAGAAAAGCAGAGAGAAAUGCAGGAAGCCCAAGACAGAGACAAUGACAUGAGCAAGAAUGAGGGCAGUGAAGCAGCAACAGAUCAGCUGUCUGUGGAACACGAGUCCGAGCUGGAGGAAGCUGCUGUGGGCGUUGAUGAAGCUCAGAAUGAGCAAGCUGAACAUCUGAGCCCAAUUUUGGAACAAGCUGCGUUACCACAGAAGACCGUGACAGAGAGCUCUGAGAAGGUAACAAACAGUCGGGAGAAACGUAAAUCUCGCCGGCAGAGGGGGCUGGAACAUAACGAGUUACAGAAUAAGCAUGUCCUGUUUUCCUUCGAGGGACCAUCUUUACGGUGCCCGGAAGAACAAACCUCUUCUAAAGGGGUCCCAGAAACUGUUGAAGAGUCAAACAAUUCCACAGCACAAGAUACUGUCAUUCAAGAAAGUUGCAAAGAAAAUAAAAGUCCUGGAGAAGAAAACACGCUUUCAGGCCCACCAUUAUCAAAUGAAAUAAAAGAAAGUCAUUCCAUUCCUGAGCAACCCCCUGAAUCAGAAGGGGAAAGAGCAGGUCAUAAGGCUAUUGAGGGAAUGAAAAUACAAGAGAACCAAAAGCACCAGAUAAAAGGCAGCCAAAGCUUUAACUGCCCUGAAAGGCCAACAGAUCUUGCACUGGAUCUUAGGAAUAACCUACCUGCUACGGGAAGCUUUCGAAUUCCAGCUGAACGCUGUGCAGACAGAAACAAACCUCAGAGGAGAGAGAAGUGGAAAGGAAAGAGACAGUCUGACGUUGGUCACAAUGACCUGCUAAGCCAGUCGUUGGAUGAGAGAACACGUGUGGAUCGAUCUCCUCAGGAUCAGCUAGAAAAGAAAGGGAGUUCAUCUUCAUUAAAUGAUCUCUCUGCCCUCACUCACGCUGUUGCUGCGAAUCAGCAGUCACCAGAUACAAUUGAAGAAAAGGGCAUCAAGAAACAUCCUCUGCAAAAGAAGCCCAGUGAACUCUUAGCUACCGGGGAUUUGGCUGUUUCCACACAGCCACCAAAUCAGCAGAUGGAUGCUAAGUCUACAUUUAAAAGUCCUUUGCGAAGACUUUUGGGGAAAAAAGCGGACAAGAAAAUUCUGAAGGAGAGUCCUGAUGUGAUUGAUGAGGGAGAUGGCCUGUCCUUUGUAUCUUGUGUCCUAUUUGCAGAAACGGGAGGACCCCAGAAAUUUUCAGAAGCUUCUUCUGGACAGCCAAGUCGCCUUCAAGCAGGAGACCACCAUGUAAAGGAGAGUAGUAAAGCGAAGAAAAACCGUACUAUUAAGAUCAGCAAGAUCUCAAGUGUGUCUCAGAAUUGGCGAGCUCCCAUGAUCCGUGAGAUUGCAAAUGCCAAUGAACUGAAACAUCUGGACGAGUUCCUUCUGAACAAGAUCAACGACUUGCGCUCCCAGAAAUCUGGUGUUGAAUGUCUGUUUUUUGAAGCCACGGAGAAGUUUAGAGGAAAUAUCAAGACUAUGUACUCCGCCCCUAAUGGGCAUAUCCAUGUCGGCUACAAAGAUCUGGUGGAAAAUUACCAGCUUCUAGUUACAAACCUGGCAAAAGAAAGGGAAGAGAAAGAAGUCAAGCUGGUUUUGAAUCUCUUUCAAUCUCUUCUGGAUGAAUUCACCAGAGGAUAUGCAAAAAAAGAGGAAUCUGAGCAGCACAAGCAAAGCAAAGCCCAGAAGAAGAAACGAAAACAAGAUCGUUCAAUUGAAGAGCACAACGGUCAUGUGUUCACCAGCUACCAAGUGAGCAUUCGGCAGUCAUGUGAACACUGCUCGUCCUACAUCUGGCCCAUGGAGAAGGCCUGUCUCUGCAGUGUUUGCAAGUUAACUUGUCACAAGAAAUGCAUGUCGAAAAUCCAGAGCAGCUGCACAUCCUGUGGAAAAAAGAAUGAACAGGAUGCGGAACCACGUCACUUUGGAGUUAGUGUGAGUUCGCUGACCAGUGAGAGAAACUCAGUUCCCCUUGUCAUGGAGAAGCUGCUGGAGUAUGUGGAGAUGCACGGCCUCUACACAGAGGGCAUUUACAGGAAAUCAGGAUCAGCAAAUCGCAUGAAGGAGCUGAAACAGUUGCUGCAAGCAGAUCCAAAUUCAGUGAAACUGGAGAAUUAUCCUAUUCAUACUAUUACGGGGAUCCUUAAGCAAUGGCUACGAGAACUACCAGAUCCGUUAAUGACAUCUGCACAGUACAACGAUUUUCUCCGAGCUGUAGAACUACCAGAAAAACAGGAGCAACUCUGUGCCAUUUAUAGUGUCCUUGAACAGCUUCCUCAAGCAAAUCAUAAUACCUUGGAGAGACUCAUCUUCCAUCUGGUCAAAGUGGCUUUGAUAGAAGAUGUCAACCGUAUGUCACCCAAUGCCCUGGCCAUUGUUUUUGCUCCGUGUCUCUUGCGUUGUCCUGAUACCUCUGACCCUUUAACCAGCAUGAAGGAUGUUUCAAAAACCACCAUGUGUGUAGAGAUGCUCAUAAAGGAGCAGAUAAGAAAGUACAAGAUAAAAAUGAAUGAAAUAAGUCAGCUGGAAGCAGCAGAGAGCAUUGCUUUUCGACGACUCUCAUUGCUCCGGCAGAAUACGCUCUGGCCUGUAAAACUUGGGUUUUCCUCCCCUUAUGAGGGGAUGCUGAGUAAAAGCCCCCAGGCCAAAGCAGGUGACAGCAACAACGCAGAGCUGGGCUCGCUGCAUGAAGAGGAUGAGGCUGAUAACCGGGAAAAGGAGAUUCUCAUUGAUCGCAUACAGUCAAUUAAGGAAGAAAAGGAAGAUAUAACCUAUCGAUUACCUGAGCUUGAUCAGAGAGGCUCUGAUGAGGAAAAUGUAGACUCCGAGACCUCGGCAAGCACUGAGAGCCUGCUAGAGGAUAGAACAGGACGGAUGGAUACCGAAGGAGCUGCUUUUCCUGGAUUACGCUGUCAUGCUCGGAGCUCUAGCAUGCCUGCCAAAGAUGCUUGCAGAGUGCCUUCUCUUUCGCAAGCCUCUUCAAACUCUUCCCUUGCAUCCCUGUCUUCAAGACGCCGAUCAUCUUUAACACUGACCAAGAUUAAAGUGCCCCGUCGAACUCCAGUGAUGCCAGUAGCAAAUAUAAAACUUCCUCCUGGGAUUUUCAAGUGUACAGAAUCCCAGGGCAGGACUUCAGCUAAUGAAGAGUCUCAAAUAAUUGUGAGACGAAGGGAGCAGCCAGCAAGGCGAACUGAUAAAAUCCACUCUGUCUACAUUGCACAAGGGUCUGCACUGGCCCACGCUCAGGAACUUUUGGACGAAUAUGAACCAACAGCAAAAGUAAAACGGAGGUUUUCGGACCCCUACUCUCACAUUCCCUGUACAGAGAAGUGAAAUAUUUAAACUGUCUGGACUCUUUCUCAAGUUGACUGCAGCUUUGGCUUUAACCCUUUGAAGGCUGUGACUUCGUUCAUACUCUUAAGGGACCGCGAGGAAGGCGGUCAGGAAAUGUACAAUACUGUAAGGGUUAAACAAGGUUGUUUAAAACAAGUAAUAUUCCUCACUUAAAUUAAAAGCCCUACAAAGAAGGUAGAACAUACAUCUACGUUGAGUAAAACACAUGGGUUGAGUGAACAAGAAGUUAAUGGCCCCAAUUCUGCUGCCGUGCCUUUUUUGUAUUUGCCUUACAAGGGACUGUAACAGGACCAACGGUGAAUUUGGGUCAAUGUGUGUUGCCUUAAUUUUUUUUUUUUUUUACGUUUUCAUGACAACCUUCUGUGUGGUUUACAGAACUGUUAUUGUUGUAAUAGCCUUAACCGAGACCAAAAUAUCUAAAAAGCGUUUAUUAAUACAUUGCACUUUUUAAAAAUACAUGUGUUAGG